AUGAAGGUUGUUUACGGAGUCGACAUUAACUACAUGAAAGCAUGGCGUGCAAAAGAGAAGGUGAUUGCGAUGCUUAGAGGUGGACCAGCAGAUGGAUAUAGAAAAAUGCCCCAUUAUAUCUAUAUGUUGAACCAGGUGUAUCCACAAUCGCACAUUCGGAUGCAUAAAGUAGUAGAUAACGAGUUUAAAUACUUGUUUAUUGCAUUGCGUUCGAUAAUAAGUGAUUUUGAAUUUUGUGGACCUUUUGUAGUUGUUGAUGGGGCACAUUUAAGCGGUCCAUAUGAAGGAACAUUUGUAUCGGCAAGCACAUUAGAUGGUGCAGGUUGUAUUCUGCCAUUAGCUUAUGGUGUUGUUGAUUCGGAGAAUGACAAUGCGUGGAUUUGUUUUUUUCAACAGUUUAGAGAGGCAUUUGGUGAAAGAAACAACACGUGUGUUGUUUCAGACAGAAAUGAAAGAAAAGCAAAGAUAGACUUAGUGACCUAUAUUAUUCCAUGGCUAAAUCUUAUAAAAAAAGAAGAUUUUGAAUAUAUUAUGUCAAAGGUUGCUAAGGUUGAUCAAAGAGUUAAGAAAUAUCUAGAGGAAGUUGAGUAUGAAAAAUGGGCCCGGUGUCACUCUCCUAUGAAUAGAGGUAGAAUGAUGACUUCAAAUAUAGCCGAAUGUAUUAAUGGGUGUUUGGUUGAGGCUAGAAAACUUCUUAAUCUAGGUUUCCUAGAAGAAGUUAGAAUCUUAUUUGCUGCAUGGAAUUGUAAGAACAACGAAAUUGCAUCGUACAAAAAUACAACUCUUGGCAGAAAAUUUGAAGAAAUUCUAACUCAUAAUGGUGUUAAAGUUUUGCGGAUGACGGUUAAGCCAGCAGGGAGUUAUCUUUAUUGUGUUUAUGAUUCGGGACGAAGGUACAUUGUAGAUAUUGAACGUGACACGUGCAAUUGUGGCUGGUAUCAAAUCGAUGAAAUACCUUGUCCACAUGGAAUUGCCGUAUUAAAAAGUAAAAAUGUGAAUGUAAAGGAUUAUGGUCGUUAUUGCUCUGAAUUGUACAGGCCACAAACCAUAGUGAAGACAUAUGAACUCCCGAUAGUUCCAAUGCUAGACAAGAAGGAGUGGAAUAUUCCAGGUUUUGUUGAUGAUGAAGAAGUUUUGCCGCCCAAAUAUCGAAGACCUCCUGGUAGGCCAAAAAAAAGAAAGGCAUCUGAAAUCAAGUGA